CUCUUUUGUUCGAAUAAAGAAAGGUAACAAACUCCUCUCUUUUGGGGAUAACUGAGCAGAAUUUUUCCCAACUGCACUGAGAAUGCAUAAACAUGAGGACGCCUGGAUUCAGCCCACAGGAACAAGCAUCAGCAGCAGACACGGACCUGGCGGCCCAUAGCCCACGAACCGUGGGCUUAGUUUGGCAUGGGGACCCGGAGCGGAAUCAGUCCCGCCAACCCGCCCCCCAGGCGGCCUUCUGGGCCGCCGGCACCCAGCCUGGCCCGCCCGCCUCCGUCCGGGGAGCCAAUGCGAGCGGAGGGCGGGCAGGCCAGGCCUCUCCCGCGGGGUGCCGCCGGCGGAGCCCGGCCAUGCCCGCAGAUCAGCGGAGCCUGCCGACGGAGCGCCCUGCCAUGGCGCAGCACAGCACACUGCUCCACCUGUUCGCCGGAGGAUGUGGUGGCACAGCUGGAGCCAUCCUGACCUGUCCCCUGGAGGUGGUGAAGACACGUCUGCAGUCAUCUCAGCUGGCACUGCGGCCUGUUUGUCUCUCUGAGAUACAGCUGCCAGGGAUAAGUGUGAGGCUGAUGAACCCCACCCCACCAGCCCCCGGAGUGCUCAAGUUGCUCAGGACCAUUCUUGAGAAGGAAGGCAUGCGAUCCCUGUUCCGAGGUCUGGGCCCAAACCUUGUUGGGGUUGCCCCUUCCCGGGCUAUAUAUUUUGCUGCCUAUUCUGGUGCGAAGGAGAGGCUCAAUACUAUCCUUGUACCAGAGUCCAAGAAAGUACACAUGCUAUCAGCAGCCUGUGCAGGCAUUACCUCUGCCUCACUCACCAACCCCAUCUGGUUGGUGAAAACCAGGAUGCAGCUGGAAGCCAGGGUGAAGGGGGAGCUGGGCAGUAAUGCCCUCCAGUGUGCUAUGCACGUGUACCGUACUGAGGGCCUUCAUGGAUUUUAUCGUGGAAUCACAGCCUCCUAUGCUGGAGUGUCAGAGACCAUCAUACACUUUGUCAUAUAUGAAGCACUGAAACAGCAUCUGAGAAAUGGCCAUCAUUCCCUUUCUACACCAUUCACGCUUUCAGCAAACAGCCGUGACUUUUUUGGACUAAUGGGAGCUGCCGCUGUCUCCAAAACAUGUGCCUCAUGCAUUGCGUAUCCACAUGAGGUAAUUCGAACACGGUUGCGAGAAGAAGGGUCACGGUAUCGUUCCUUUAUACAGACUCUGCAGCUUAUAGUCCGUGAAGAGGGACCCUUGGCUUUAUACCGAGGGCUCCUGGCCCACUUGAUCCGCCAGAUCCCCAACACAGCCAUCAUGAUGGCUACCUAUGAACUCAUUGUGCGUUUGGCACCUCCCACCUUGUAAGCACACUGUAGCACUUGGCUGAGGUGGCUGGAGAGAUAAGAGUCCCACAGUCCAGAGACAUGGUCUUUUUCUGUGGUCCAAGAGGUGGUGCUUUUUGUCACACACUGGGAUUCGUCAAGCAUAGCAUUCUCAGGACAUAAGACUAUUUUGUCCAAAGUUUUUGGCUCCAGUGCGUACAAUGUAGCCUUCCUUCUUUCUGGAGACUUGAAUACUUCCAGAGCUUCAAAAUGUCAGGGCACUGGUUUGACAGUGCCUGCUGUUAGCUCCCAGUAUGAGACAAGGACAUGAAACUUAGUGGAAAAGAGAUGAAGGAGAAAGCAUAUGCGUACUUGAGCCUCAGCAUCUUUGCAUCAUCUGGACCCAGUAACAAUGGAACGUGGGCACAGGUACACAUGAUACGGCUCAGACAUCUUGAGAGAGUUGCAGCAAGCAGAGAUCUUAUGUUGAGACCUUUCAUAUCCUUAGGGGAGCUCUUUCACUCUUAAUCUGUUGUGCUGUCCUCCUACCCUUGAGGAUUCCUCAACCUUGGAUGCCAGCAAACAUCUUAUUGCAGAAUCUUCCUGUGGGUCCUUAACAUGUUGCAGCCAUUGCCCCAGGAAGAAUCGGGCAGUUGGCAGCUUCUUUUCCUCCUGCUGGAUCUGAAGAGUUGGAGCAAGUAGCUCAAGGGAAGAAACACAGCUUGCUAUGAAGCACUACCCCAAUAACUUAUGCUACUGUCCUCACAGCCAUGUCUUGCCCAUACCUGAUCUUUUUGUGUCCCCUCCUUUCCUGAGUAGCAGGAGGAGUACACCUACUUCCCCCAGAAGUGCUGGGGCUGUUCUGCUAUAAGCUGAAGUCCCUGAUGUGAAAUGCACUCUUCUAGGCCUGUAAAGAAAGUGGAUCGUAUAAAAAGGUGGAUGAAUCUGAGUAUUUAGCCUGUUGCUGUUGAUGUGAGCCUUACUGCUUUUCUGUAAUCAAGAUUUUCCUACACGUUAUGUUUGCCUGUGGUAAUGGGCUGGGAUGCCUUCUGUUCCUCUGUGGGUUCAUAGCCCCGUGUACUGAGAAAGGCUAUGUUGUCUUUGCAAAGAAAAUAUUUUGAGUCUCAAAAAGAUAAGGGGAGGAGGGUGGAGAUGGAGCAAUUGAAACAACGCAUACACUUUAGAAAAACAACACAUCCCUAAGAUAAGGCAAUAAUUUCGAUAAAGACAUGGUCUGGACAAUCA